AUGACUACUCAAGAGUCAAAAGCCAACAACGGCUUCUCGGCAGUGCUUGACUUCUCCAAAUUCCCUACUCCCCCAAAUUCCAUCAACAAGUAUGAAGCUCGAACGUAUCUGAAAGGUCGACUCGCCCUAGCUUUCCGUCUCUUCGCCAAAUGCGGCUUCGAUGAAGGAGUGGCCGGCCACAUUACGCUGCGUGACCCAGUCAGCCCAGACCAUUUUUGGGUGAAUCCAUUUGGCCUUGCUUUCAGCGAGAUAAAAAGCUCCGAUCUUAUCCUUAUUGCUCCGCAAGGCCAGAUUGUGGAUGGGGGACCAAAUCGCCUUCUCAAUCAAGCUGCAUAUAUGAUUCACCACGCUGUUCAUACAGCUCGACCGGACGUUAUCUGUGUAGCGCAUGCUCAUAGUAUAUACGGUCGGUCAUUCUGCGCCCUCGGCCGCGAACUUGACAUUAUAAGCCAAGACGCUUGCGCCUUCUACAAUGAUCACGCUGUAUAUAGGCAGUUUAACGGCAUUGUGCUGGCAGAAGAAGAGGGUCGGAAUAUUGCCAAAGCCAUCGGCAAAGGAAAAGCGUUCUCGAGAAAUGCUGCCGUACUCAACUUUUGGCCGAUGCUGCCGCUGGAAGCCGAGGGGAAUCUACCAUCAAAGAUCGAGGAAGAGGACGCUGCAUUCACUUAUAAAUGCGUUGGCACGCCCAGAGCUGGAUGGUUUGCGGCCACUGCCAUGUUUGAUGUCAUGGCAAAAGAAGUUGGUCGAGAAUACUUGCAAUAA